UUUUAAUUUUUUGUCUGACGAUUCAAAUAAUACGAAUAAUCCGUCAGCUCUUAUUCAUAUCAAAAUAUCGACACAUGAAAAGAGACUUGGAUAUUUAUUAGCAAUUUCAGCGAAGAAGAAGAAAAAAGGUACAUUGAUAUACGCAAAAGUAUACAAACUUUCUCUGGGCACACCGAUAGCCUUUGCCCCGCGUUUAUCUACGUUUUGAAAGAACAACCUAUGAAACCGCACGCUAAACCCAACUCCAAACACACAUCUUGACAACAAGGUGUUUAUCAACGACUAUUUUGACUGUGUCCAGGUGCGCACGUUAAUUAUAAUACAGGCAUAUAUGGAGGACCUACAGUUUAACGCCGGUUCCGAACGACAUAUUAUUUAAAGAGGUUAUCUUAGCAAAGAAACUACACCUACUAUUCCUUUUUUCGAGAUAUAAGCAUGAAGAUACCUUCCUUCAAAUACAGAAAUGCGAUCCUGGGCGUGACCGCGACUGCGGUCGGCUAUUAUGCGGUUCUCACGCCGCAUACUGUGUUCUUAGACAAGUACAGAUACAUAAUGGCCAGACACCAAAUAGGCAAGGAGGUGCCGCUGAGCCCGAGGAUCGAGAAGACGAUUCAGCGGGUGAUGGACGACCUGAAGCUGCCGGACAACGUGAGGAACGUCAUCAAGCCCUUCAGCGUGUUCGGCUUCGAAGUAUUCCAGGCGGGCACACUGGGCGCCAAGUACGGGGCGGUGUUGGGGAUCCCCAUAAACUUCACCAGAACGUCGGAGAAGCUGCGGCAGGAGAUACAAAUCAAGGAGGAACCGUUGGACUGGUCGCGGCAGGACACGAGGGUCUUCCUGAGCUCGUUGUCGAUGUCGGAGAGCGCGAGGAAGUUCGCGAUAGCCCGGGAAAUCCUGCGGAUUCAGGCGGAGGAGCCUUGCUUCAACUCCCUCAGACUGGCUAUGAUCGUGGGCGUGCUGUGGGCCCUCUACAACGUGAUAACGCUUCGCUUUCAGUUGCGCGAACGCAACGUCAUAUUCUGCCGGUCGUUGUACUUGAGCUUCACGCUGCUCGGCGCGAUCUUGUGGAUCGGCAUCAAGGAUUACCGCAGCUAUCGCUUGGACAUUGUGCACGACCGGACCCUGUACAGUUUGGGGAGCGAGUAUGCGAUGGGCGGGCAAGAGUUCUACGAGAAGUUACUGAUGAGGAACCGAGCUCUGAGGUCUCUGCUGGGGAAUGACGGCGAAAAGCAGUACACCGCCAACGGGAACGAGCGGAUUUUCCUGCGGCAGAAGCAUAUGCCGAUCACCCACAGGAAGGACUUCUUCGAUUCGCAUGUGGAGUUGGAUUGAAACUUGGAUUAUGUAUGAUAUGACGUAACGGAUGAGAAGAUAAGGAUGACAAGUGCGUAGCGAGGCUCCUCUCUCGUACUAGUCCAUCCGAUAAUGACCUGAAGCAGCGAUCGUGUAACUUUUUAUCUAAAAACCGGUUUCCUAUUUUCUGGUUAACUUAUGAUUUAGGCAUAAGAAAGCGCGUCAAUAACAUACCCGAUGUGCGCACAUUUGUAAUUAUUAGUUCGUAAUACUUGUAACCACAUAUCGCUCCUCCUCUUUCCUCCUCAUCUACCAACUACACAUUUAGACAAGGAAAGCAACACUGCCUCUGUCGCUCUCUCUCUCUCUCUCUCUCUCUCUUAAUGAUGCCGGCCUCAGCCCUCCAAUGAGAAUGCUCAGUCUGUUUUAUAUGCCUAUGUCUAUUGAUAAUGUAAAAAUGUUUAUCUAUUCAUGGUUAAUAAUUAAACUUGAAAAGUUAUCACUAUAAAAUCAUCAGUUUAACGAACCAUGAGUGGAAAAAUCAUUUCUGCUAUUAUCGCCAGAUUAAGUCUGAACCGAAGGUUAAUCAAAAAAUGGAAAACCAGACCUAAACGUGAAAGGCGCCAAGUUUCACGUGAACUCGACUCGAACGACCAUGUAACUCUUUGAAUUAUGGAAAUGAUUCCUGGUCAAUGAUUACUAGUCUUUACCGUUAGAUCCCUAAAUUUUGACCAGUUAUGUGGACGAAUUACCGUUGUGCAACCGUUGUGUUUUCUGAGCGCAACCAACGCGUGACUUUUCGCUUUCAAGGAAAAGUUACGUGAUCAACGGCCCGGAUGAUUUGACGCUGCUAACCGUAACAUGUGGUCAUCAAUGGUUGUCACGCGUGACAUUUGUAUGAUACAUGUAUAUUUUCUAUUUCAUCGUGACAAUGUCGACCGUGUCACGGCGCGAAGCCGCUACGGCAGUAGGUUAUAACAAAAACCCCCGCCGGUCAGUUAAAAUCUCGCAUUCACGCGGUGAACACGCGUUAUUAAUUACAGUGUAUAUUUAUACAUGCGCGUCGCCUCUUGUACAACAUUGUUACACGUACAUACGAAAUAUUGCUACGGCCUUAAAUGUAAAAAGUUUGCCUAUCGUAAAAGAGUAGUAACCUCCGACAAGUGUGUCGAUAGCAUAAUCUACUUUCCUCCUCGCGCACGUUAAAUCACAGGUAAGGGCAUGUCUCGUAUAAAUUAUCAGCGCCCGUAUAACAUAAGCUAUAUAUAUAUAUAUAUAUUAUACAAAUGUAUGUAUAUAUGUAUAUAACGUGUCGUCAAAUUAAUAUUUAUAAA